UCCACGCAGAAUAUCUUUGCAAGACUCUCGACUCGGAAUGUCUCCUCAUUUCAUUAUCAGAGAAUCAUAUUAUCCUGAUGUGAGCUUCUUUUCAGGUGCAGGAGAGCAAGACGGUUUCAGCGGCCACAUUAAGACGCCAUGACGACUCAUGGUCCAGCAAUAUCUGCCAUCAUGGCGGAGCAUAAAAAUACAUUUCAACAAUAUAUUGAUCUUGAGGAAAUUCUCUUAUGCUUGAAGAGAAAAAACGUCAUCCAGGACGAUGAAUACCAUGAUUUGAUGGAAGAAACCAGAGAGAAGAAAAAGAAACAGACGUUGUUCCUUCUCAAAAAGAUCCCCGCUGCAGGGGAUAAUGCUUUUUUGUUAUUCCUGGAGUGCCUUAAGAAGAGGCACAUGAACUUGGCAGAGGCAUUACUGAAGUCUCUGGAUCAGGAAGAUGAAGCUUACGCAAAAGAAGUUCGCAUUAAAUGGCAGGGAGAUUCGUCGGCGGCAUCUCAAGGAACAACAGGCCACCCCGCAGGUUCUUCGAAGAAGCAGGACUUGUACUCAUGGGAUAAGAUCAAUGAGAGGCGCCUGCAGAUACGAGAUAAAUAUAUGGUGGAUACCCUAGAGUUGCUUCGAACAUUGGAACAGACGAGCGUCUUCACCUACUUGGAGGCGAAGCAGGUCCGUGAAAUCACGGACCUCAGGAAACAAUAUGAUGAGCUCUUCAACGUCCUCACGUCCAAGAAUCCAAAAAAAUAUGUCCCCAUUUUCCUCCAGGCACUAGUUGAUAUGGACAGGGAGGAUGUCAGGGAUUUCUUGCAAGGGCUGCAUGUGGAUGGGAAACCCUAG